UCCGGCAUGUUCCGGCAAGCUGUGACGGGAGGCCGUUCCUGACACUGCACCGGCCACUGGCGGGAUGAGAUGACAUCAGCUCGGCGGGACGCGCGCAGGCGGGACAACGCAGCAAAGAGGAGAGUGUAUGAAAACUCUAUGGGGUCAGCCAAAAAUGUGAUAAGUGAGACUGUUGAUGUAGCAGAGAGUUAUAACAUGAUGGCUUCUUUCCAGCGCUCUAAUAGUCAUGACAAAGUGAGGAAAAUUGUUGCAGAAGAGGGUCGUACAGCAAGAAACCUUAUUGCAUGGAGUGUCCCACUGGAAAGCAAAGAGGACGAUAGUAAGUCUAAAUGGCAAGUAGGUGGAAAAUCUAAGAGAGUGACUCAUGGAACACAUAAACCUACAAAACAGAGUACUACAGUAGACUGUAAAAUAACAUCAGCAGCCGCUGGAGAUAAAAACUUUGACAAAAGCCCAACAAAAACAAGGCAACCUCGAAAAGUUGAUUUGAGAGCUCGAUAUUGGGCAUUUCUUUUUGACAAUCUUAGACGAGCAGUUGAUGAAAUCUAUGUUACUUGUGAGUCGGAUCAGAGCGUAGUAGAAUGCAAGGAGGUUCUAAUGAUGCUAGAUAACUAUGUAAGAGAUUUCAAGGCAUUGAUUGACUGGAUACAGCUACAGGAAAAGCUAGAGAAGGCUGAUGCUCAAAGCAGACCUACUUCAUUGGCCUGGGAAGUAAAGAAGAUGUCUCCAGGUCGCCAUGUAAUACCAAGUCCAUCAACAGAUAGAAUCAGCGUAACAUCAAAUGCUCGAAGAAGUUUAAAUUUUGGGAAUCCAUCUGUGACAAUUGCUACCACUCGUCUGGCUCCUUCAGGUGUAAGUUGGGCUGAUAAGGUGAAAGCUAACCAUGGAGCUAAAGCUGCCACUCCACAGCUAGCAACUACACAAACCUGCAUGCCAGCACCAGUGCAGAAGUCAUCACGGAGAAAUGAACGGAAGGAUGCAGAAGGAUGGGAAACAGUUCAGCGUGGAAGGCCUGUUCGAUCUCGAUCUACAGCUGUAGCAACAAAAACUCCUGUAGCUGCAGAAUUGCUAAGAGCUAAAGAUGACAGUGACAAAGAAAAUGUAGUCUUCAGACAAUCAGAAAGUAAACAGAAGAAUUCAUUCGAUGGAGAUAGUGCAUCCAAAAAUACAGAACCUCUGCAGAAAGAUUCUUUAUAUCUGAGUGAGCAUCCUCUUGCUGAAAGGACUCAGUUCACAGCACACACACUAGAAGAUACCAGAAACACUGGCAAUGUGGUUUUACAAGACAGUUCUUGCUUACAAACACCUGAAAUGCCGGCAGUUGUCAUAGACACUGAACACACUUCAGAAAGUCUACAGAUUGAUGAAUCUCCCUCCCUGAACUCUGGUAGUAAAGAACCGCAUGAAGCAUUAAAAAACAAGAUAGAAAGUGAAAUGGACCCCUCAGACAUUUCAAAUGUGAGUGCUGCCAGAUUGUCUAUGGCAGAAGUCCUUGCUAAAAAAGAAGAGUUAGCAGAUCGCCUGGAAAAGGCCAAUGAAGAAGCAAUAGCUAGUGCCAUUGCAGAAGAAGAGCAGUUAACUAGAGAAAUUGAAGCAGAAGAAAACAAUGACAUUAACAUUGAGACUGACAAUGACAGUGAUUUUUCUGCUAGCAUGGGCAGUGGAAGUAUAUCUUUCUGUGGCAUGUCUAUGGACUGGAAUGAUGUCCUGGCAGAUUAUGAAGCUCGUGAAUCAUGGCGUCAGAAUAAUUCAUGGGGUGAUAUAGUGGAAGAAGAACCUGCGCGUCCACCAGGCCAUGGAAUACAUAUGCAUGAGAAACUCUCUUCACCAUCUCGCAAAAGAACAAUAGCAGAAUCUAAAAAGAAACAUGAGGAGAAACAGAUGAAAGCUCAACAGCUGAGAGAAAAGUUACGUGAAGAGAAAACGCUAAAGCUUCAAAAACUGAUGGAGCGGGAGAAAGAUGUGCGAAAGUGGAAAGAAGAAUUACUGGACCAGAGACGCAGGAUGAUGGAGGAAAAAUUACUCCAUGCUGAAUUUAAACGUGAAGUGCAGUUACAAGCAAUUGUGAAAAAAGCACAAGAGGAAGAAGCAAAGGUAAAUGAAAUUGCAUUUAUAAACACCUUAGAAGCCCAAAAUAAACGUCAUGAUGUGUUGUCCAAACUAAAAGAGUAUGAACAAAGACUAAAUGAAUUACAGGAAGAACGCCAACGGAGGCAGGAAGAAAAGCAAGCACGUGAUGAAGCUGUUCAGGAGCGUAAAAGAGCUUUGGAAGCAGAACGCCAAGCCCGGGUUGAAGAGCUGCUGAUGAAAAGGAAAGAACAAGAAGCUCGGAUUGAACAGCAGCGGCAGGAGAAAGAGAAAGCACGGGAAGAUGCGGCACGGGAAAGGGCCAGAGAUCGAGAGGAGAGGCUGGCAGCUCUCACUGCAGCUCAACAAGAAGCAAUGGAGGAGCUACAGAAAAAGAUUCAGCUGAAGCAUGAUGAAAGCAUUCGGAGACACAUGGAACAAAUUGAACAGAGGAAAGAAAAGGCAGCUGAAUUAAGCAGUGGGAGACAUGCUAAUACUGAUUAUGCACCUAAACUUACACCAUAUGAACGAAAAAAGCAAUGUUCAUUAUGCAAUGUUUUGAUUUCCUCAGAGGUGUAUCUUUUUAGCCACAUUAAGGGGAAAAAACACCAACAAGCAGUGAGAGAAAAUAGCAGCAUCCAAGGACGAGAGCUUUCAGAUGAAGAAGUGGAGCACCUGUCACUGAAGAAGUACAUUGUUGAUAUUGUGAUUGAAAGCUCUGUUCCAGUAGAACCUUUAAAAGAUGGAGAGGAGAAGCAAAAAACUAAAAAGAAGGCAAAGAAGCUAAAGGCACGGAUGAACUCCAGGGCUAAAGAAUAUGAAAGUUUAAUGGAAGCAAAAAAUGCCACCUCUGAAUCACCAUACAAAGCAAAGUUGCAGCGAUUAGCAAAAGAUCUUCUAAAGCAGUUCCAAGUACAGGAUAGCAGUUCAUUGGCAAACAACAAGGUUUCUGCUCUGGACAGGACUUUAGGAGAGAUUUCUCGUAUUCUGGAAAAAGAGAAUGCGGCAGAUCAAAUAGCAUUCCAGGUUGCAGGAGGACUCACAGCCCUUGAACACAUUCUUCAAGUAGUGAUUUCAUCCACGAAUCUGAAUGCAGUUUUACGGAUUCCUCUCAAGUCACUCUGCAAUACCGUAAAUGUUUACAACCUGGCCUGCAGUAAUUGCACAGAAAACUGCACCUAUGUUCUGUUUAGUAAUAAGAUCACUUUUUUAAUGGACCUGUUGAUGCAUCAGUUAACGGUUUGUGUUCCAGAUGAAUAUAAUGCAACAUUGGGAAGAAGUGCAAAUAAGCAAGUAUUUGAAGGUUUAACAACUGGACUUCUCAGAAUCAUUGCUGUGGUCUUUGGGUGUCUGAUCUCCAGUCUACCAGAUGUAAACUAUCAGUCCACUGCACCUAAAAUAAUACAGGAAGUGAAAAACAAGCCCUCAAAAGUUGAGGCCUUUAACAGCAGGGUUCAGGACCUGAUCAGUUAUGUGGUGAAUAUAGGAUUGAUAGACAAGUUAUGCUGCUGUUUCCUCUCCAUCCAAGGUCCUGUUGAUGACAAUUCAAAAAUAGCUACUUUUCUGCAAAAUGCGACAGCAGUGUUACAUGGAAUGUGUCAGCUCUGUUUUGCUGUCAAUGGAAAGUCUUGGCCCAUAUUUGACAAUACACGUCAGGAUCCCACAGGGCUAACUGCAGUUCUUCGGACUACAGAUCUAGUUGGAGUCUUGCAUAUGCUGUACUGUAUUCUUUUCCAUGGCACAAUCUCAGAUCCAAACAUGGCAAGUCCUAAAGAGAGUUAUACAGAGAACACGAUCCAGGUUGCUAUUCAGAGUUUACGCUUCUUCAAUAGCUUUGCAGUUCUUGAUCUGCCAGCUUUUCAGUCUAUUGUAGGUGCUGAGGGACUUUCUCUUGCAUUCCGUCAUAUUAUCAGCUCUUUGCUGUGGUACUGUUCUCAGCAUACCUGUGAAGGACUGCUACAUGAAGUCAUUGUUUGUGUUGGGUAUUUUACUGUCAACCAUCCAGAUAAUCAGGUAAUUGUACAAUCUGGCCGUCACCCCACAGUGCUGCAAAAACUAUGCCAGUUGCCUUUCCAGUAUUUCAGUGAUCCUCGCCUAAUCAAAGUGCUCUUCCCUACGCUAAUAGCUGCUUGUUACAAUAACCCUCAGAACAAGAUCAUUCUGGAGCAGGAGAUGAGUUGUGUUUUACUUGCCACAUUCAUUCAGGAUUUCACACAGAAUUCAGGCCAAACAGAUAACCAGUCUUCUCAACAAAAGGCAGAAAAAUUCUUCACUUCCCAAGAUUAUCUUGAGCUGUCUAACAGAUUCCCUUGCCAGGCCUGGGAAGAAGCACGACAGUUUUUCUUGAAAAAAGAGAAAAAAUAAGUGUUUCAUUUUGUUUCCAUUUUUAAAACAUCUAACAUGUUAAUGUUAAGCAAUUUGUGCUAAUUACAUACUUUAAGAAACUGUUUUGGAAACUUCUAGAUACUCUACAUACUUAUGUUGUAGAUAUAUAUAAUUUGCACUAUUUAUGUCUUAAGUAUUGUAGAUACUUUAAAGCUCUGUUUUUUAAUUUUGAAAAUUGUUUAUUUCAUUUACAUACUACAUCAUGGCUUUGGUAGCUUCUACCCUAUGAUGUGUACUUCUUGCACUGUAAAACUGCUGAAAUUAGGUUACAAAUAUAGAAAAUGUUAUCUUCUAUAUAUCUUGUAAUAAAAUAACUUAUUCUGUU